UACAAGUGUAUGGAUUUGAGUGUGUCUGACAAGGGACGAAUUGUGAUGGCUAGACGACUGGGUCAGAGCAUCUCCUGUGGGAGGUUCCCAGUCUGGAGUCUGCAUUGAUUACCUGAACAUCAGGAUGCACUAUGGGAAGAACAGAACCUGGCGGAGGCAGUGUGAUGCUUUGGGAAAUGUUCUGCUGGGAAAACUUUGGUAAUUCGCCCCGCCACAAAGCAAAAUGGUUUGAGAAGCACAAUGAGUUUGAGGAGUUGACUUGACCUCCAAAUUCUGUUGCUAACAGCUCGGUGCCAGAUACCACAGCACAGCUUCAGGGGUCUAGUGGAGUCCAUGCCUUGAUAGGUCAGGGCUGUUUUAACAGCCUAAGGGAGACCGGGGAAUAUUACGCAGGUGGUCAUAAUGUUAUGCCUGAUCGGUGUAAGUUAUUCUUUGAGUGGUCAACAUUGACCAUUUCUAAAUCUUUAAAAAAUAAUAACAGUCACUGUCAAACAAAUGGAAUUAGGAUCUUUGUGAUCACAGCUAAAGUGCAUUAUAUCAAAGUAGAGACUGAAGAAGUCAUUUGGAUGAGUGACGAAACGUUUCUCCCACAAAACGCUACGUCCAGAUGAACAGAUUCAACUUUUGGAGAUUAUAUCAAAGUAUACUUUCAACUGCAAACAUAAAAAUAUACUUUUAAGCAUGUACUUCAUUACUCUCCACUCCUUUAGUGUAGUGUUUCCCUGGUGUGUCCCAUGUCGUUGAUGUUGUGGUCCUGCUCUGUGUUAUCCAGACCCGGCCUCAGACGGCUCCAAUCUGGAAGCCCAGCUGAGGCUAAAGCGAGCCCGGCUCGCUGAGGACUUGAAUAAGAAGUUGGCUCUCAGGCCAGGGCCCCUGGAGCUGGUGCAAAAGAAUAUCAUUCCCUUAGACUCUGCCAUCACAAUGACAGUAAACCAUGGUAAGCUCCCUAAGCAAGAGGACUCCUAUGCAUUUGAGGAGGACAGCAGCAGUGAGAGUCUGUCUCCAGAGCAGCACCACAGUGAUGAGUCGCAGGGUUCGGCCUGCCCUUCAUCUGAGGCUGUCGGCAGUACGGCCUCCUCCUCGUCCUCACCUGCCCUCACCAGCCCACGACAGGGUGGUGUAAGCAGAGACCCCCCUGAUCAAAGCCAGGAUGAGGGGCUUUCUGGUGCUAACAACAGCCAGACUACUCCCCCAAUACCUGUUCCUGCUAUCGUCAAGUCUAAAUCUUCCGACAAGAACCGUCACAAGAAGCCCAAAGAUGUGAAGCCUAAAGUCAAAAAGCUCAAGUACCACCAGUACAUUCCUCCAGACCAGAAGGCAGAGAAGUCCCCUCCGCCCAUGGAUUCGGCCUACGCCCGACUCCUCCAGCAGCAGCAGCUCUUCCUGCAGCUGCAGAUUCUCAGCCAGCAGAAACACACUCAUGCGCAAUCGCAGACGCAGCAGUCGCAACAGCCGCAUGCUCACACUCCGCAGACGCAGGCCCAAGCCCAGUCUCAGACUCACGCUCAGGCUCAGCAGAGGCAGCCCACUUUCAGCUAUCAACCCCACACACCAGCUCACACCCAGAAAGGAGUCAGUGAGCAACUAUCGGCUUGUAGUUCCAGUGCCCCGUCGAGCACAGCCAACAGUAACUCAUCCUCUCCAGUCAAGAACACAUUCCCCAACCAAAGCAACAUCUCACAAGUCAAGCCUGGGCCCCUGCCAUCUAAUCUGGAUGACCUAAAAGUUUCAGAGCUAAGGCAGCACCUGCGUAUUCGUGGCAUGCCUGUCUCAGGCACCAAGACUGCCCUCAUUGAGCGACUCCGGCCCUUCAAAGACUCCAACACCGGCUCCUCGCCUUCGGGAUCCUCUGAUAUCACAACCAUGACCUUUCCUGUCACACCCACUGGGUCCUUGUCCUCCUACCAGUCCCCAUCCUCCUCCAGCGCUCUGUCCCAGGGAGGGUAUUACCCAUACCCCAGCACCUCCUCCACCCCACCCAUCUCGCCGGCCUCCUCUGAGCUGUCCCUCAGCGGUUCACUCCCCGACAGCUUCAGCGAUGUGCCCAUGUCUUCGCCAACACAGUUUGCCCUUCAGCCAUCUCCUGCCCAGCUCGGCGUGGAGGAUGGCUUUGGGGGAGGAGGAGGUGGCAGCAUGGGUGGGGUAGGUCAGAGGAUGGGGGAGGUUGGUGGUAUGGAUGGCGUGGAAGCUGAAAAAGACAAGAUGCUGGUGGAAAAGCAGAAAGUGAUCGAGGAGCUGACGUGGAAAUUGCACCAGGAACAGAGACAGGUUGAGGAGCUAAAGAUGCAACUCCACAAGAGAAAACGUUGCUAUGGAGCAACACAGGAUACUGCCCCUCCUGCAUCUCAUCCUCCCAUGCACCACCAGCAGCACCAGACACCAGCUAUGAUGGGCCAGCAUUUCUUUGGGGUGACUAUCAAGCAGGAGCCCUUGUCUUUGUCCUCCAGCUGCCCUCUGUCCUCCCCUAAACAGCCUAAGUGCCCUCCUGGUAGCUGCAGAGAGGAUAUGGGUCACUGCAGUUCCUCCAUUACCAACAUGGGGGGCCCCGGGGGACCACAGUGUAUGGAUACAGGCCAUUCCUCUGGCAGCCCCACCGCUAUGUCCACUUUCCUCAGCCCACAGUGCUCACCGCAAGACUCUCCUAUCAGAAAAUCUUCCAGCAGCCCACAGCCUUCAUCUCCUAACAACCCCUACCUGCUGUCUCCUCAAAUGGGGAGGGAUGGCUGUAGUCACCCCCACACCCAGGGCAACAAUAGAGCAUGCAACAUGCAGAUGCAGCAAAAGAGUGGCGGUUCGCCUGUAAACUGUUCCUAUCCUUCCGACCAAAGAGGUCUUCAGGGAGUCUAUCCCAGCUCAGCUGACUGUGGCCUCAACAACAGCAGCCCUGCUAAAGCUGAGAGCCAAAACAUGCAACCAAAGAUGUCAGUUUUGCCAAAGUGCCAGGUCCCUCCCCCUGCCUUCAGUAGCUCAGAUUCAGAUGCAUCUGACUUAAGACAGCCCCCAUGCUAUGAGGAUGCAGUCAAACAGCAACUGACCCGAAGUCAGCAGAUGGAUGAGCUUUUGGAUGUACUCAUAGAGAGUGGAGAGAUGCCAGCUAACGCCAGAGAAGAGAGGGAGAGGUCCUCUGUAACCAAAGUUAUGCCUCACAUUACUGUGUCCCCAGGGUGUCCCGGCCUCCUCAUCCCGUGGUUUCACCGACAUUACGAGCACCUCUCCCCCACCCAGCUCCCUUACGACCAUGCAGCCAACCACGUCACCGAAAGCCACCCAGACACUCUGCUUGGCAGUCCCGUCGGCCGUGGAGGGGAGGUACCUCUUCUUAAAAUGGCAGCAGAGGAUGGGGGCCAGGAAGAUGAUGGGAAGCGAGAGGUUGAUCGGUACAGCAGCCCUCAGAAUCACCAUCACUCUCAUCAUCCUCAACAGGACAAACUUCUGAGCAACCGAGAUCUGAUGGACACGUCUCUCUCGGCCAUCGGCAGCAAGGCGUCCACCAACCCCGAGGUGCAGGGAAUGGUCAGCAUGACCUUUAGUGAGACGCCUUGGGAGACAAUGGAAUGGCUCGACCUGACACCACCCAGUUCUGCCACUGCCUUCAGCAUUGCUCCACCCAGUGCACCCAGCAUUUUUAAUGCAGAGUUCCUGGAUGUAACAGACAUUAAUUUGAACUCUGCCACAGACCUUCACCUGGAGCACUGGUAAAAACAACACUGUCCCUAAAGUGCUGGUUAGCAGCAUACCAGCCAUCGAACUCAAGACACCAGCUUGCAACUAGCUGCACGGACUUCUGAUAUUAGCUAUGACAAUACCAAAGACCUAUUUAAUUCUAUUCUUAACAGCUUUAAAUGUUCACAUGUUGCUCCUUACUAUGAUCCAGUGGAAUGUUAUAACCAUUAACAGAUAUUCAAAAGCUGAAAUCCAAGCCAGAAAUUGACCAAUUGUUAUAUCCAACCUUUCCACUUCACUGAAAUGUGGUUCUUAUGUUGUCGUCAUACUCAAAAACUAAAGACCUGGUGCUUUUUGGCAUGAUCUUGAUCCGCACAACUACCAAGUACUUGUGACAGUGGACAUAGUGUCGGAAGGAGUGUUAAUGUAACUUAAAAACCCGAUUACAGUACUUUACGCCAACAUUUAAUACAGUAUCAGUGUUAUGCCACCUAGACUUGAAGACACAGUUUGACUUUCAUUGUAUACUUUGAGUUAUAUAUUAGUACUGGAAAAAAAUACCCAGAGAGGAGUUAACAGGUGAAUUGGAGAAUUGGAUUGCUUAGUAAUGGCCAUAUUGUAAAUAUCAAAACUGACAGAGAUAAGUUGCAGUCUGCAUAUUUCGUCAGAGGUGUGGGAGAACAUACAAACAACAAAUCAAAUGCUUUCUGUAAUCACUUCAACAUUUGAUGUAAAUAUGAUUUUUUUUAAUUCACUGUGCACCUCUAGCUUAAUAAACACUUGUCACAGUUUGCUUGGGCUUAGUAUAUGUGUAUAGGUUAGGUCAUUUGAAGGAAUCUUUUUGUACUUAUUUGUUUUCCACUAUUAUCCACAGGAUGACACCAUAGAAGGAAGCUGACACCUUUAAAAGAAUUAUCUUAUCAGUUUAUAUCAGCAGCCGAAUACUGCCUUAUUUGCAACAGCUUUUUAUUCCCAAAUUUUAAUAUCAAAUGACUGCUCCCCUAAAAGUUGUUGACUGAUGUGAUUUAGAUGGCUCCAACCCAAGUAAGUUAUGUAAAGCUCACAUCUAGUUUUUUCUUUUUUUGUUUUUGGUCAUUAAAAAUGCCAGCAUUUCUGUUCCCAUUUACAUUUAUUUAUUUUGUGCUUUUGUAUUUAUACUUGAUCCUGUAUUUAUACAUUCCUUUAAAACAGAUUGGGGCUCUAUAUGAUGUAUGAAAAAAGUACCAUUAUCAAUCACUGACAUUUCUUCAUUAUUAGUUCUCUUGAGAAUGUGAUACAAAGUGAAAGAACCACUUUGAAAAGCCAUGUUUUCCUAACUUACUUUUCUUUAAAAAAAAAAAAAAAAAUCAUGAUUUGUAAUUGACAAUUCUUAGCACUUGUUAAUAGGAUGAUGUAAUAUAUUCAAAUUUUUACUGUGAAUACUGGAUAUUAAUAAAGAAUAGACUUCCACAAAGCCAGCCUAGAUAAACCUAUUAUGCACAGUAGUUAGCAUAAAGUGAGAAUGCCAAACUCAGAAAUGAAUAAGGUUUCAGUUUUGAUUAGUAAAUGUAUUUUAAUACACUUAAAAAUUCGAUUAAAACUAAAGGAAAUACGUAUAAUUUCUUGCAUACCUCCUUUAUAUCUGUCGACUAACUGUAAAGCUACAGUUAGCAGUUUGCUAGCCUAAAUUGCAUAAAGACUGACAGAUGGGGACAGACCGAAGUGGCUUUGUCUUCAAGUCACAGAAUCAGCCUACCAGCACUUCUGUUUUAUGUUCCUAGUUAAAUCUCUUUAUUCAUUCUCAAAAGACCCAGUAAGCUUCAUUCAUUGUUCACAGUACUCACCGUCUUUUCCAAAUUAGCAUUAUCUUAACUAGCUCAUUGGUCAUUAACUUGAAAACAUGAUAUUUACUUUACUCCACAUAAACUUGUUCUAUUUAAUGUAUUAGACAUAAUAAAAGUUUUAUUACCAAAAUGCUAAAAGAAAAGGGGCUUUUUCAUACAGUAAGAUUAAUAUUAACAAAACUAGCAGUCUAGAUUUUGUUUUGUUUUUUCUGACUCAGAACGCCAAGGAGGCAGAAAAAAACUUUACUAACAAAAAUUAUGUAUUUUCUUUUCAUUCAUGUUCUAUGCUUGAGCAAAUUUUUAACAGUCAGCUUGCUUUUACACUUGAACCAGAGGUGCUGGUAGGUGUUAGCUACAUAAAGUGUUUCUACCUUAUUCCAGUCUUUAUGCUAACAUCACCACCUAGCUAUUUUACGACAGAUGUAAGUGGUUUUGCUCUUAUAUGUAUGUCAUAAAUAUAUGUCAUUUCCAGUAAUAUAAAAUUAUGACUUCAGUUCCUUGGCUAAUAAAUCUCUUGCAAUUAUUCGUGUCCUCUGUAACCAUGGGUCUCAUGUUGUUUUGACCAAAUUUUUCUUUUCUUUUAAAUGAAGUGUUGCACUUGAGUGGCUUCUCUGGUUACAUGUUAGCUAUUACCCAUCUUGAGUAUAUUUUAAAGCUAAUACUUUAUUUCCUGUCUUCUGUUGUCAGAACAAUUACUGUCCUUUUCUUAAUUAUUUUUGAUGAAUUCUUAAAUAAUUUUCCCUAAUUAAGAGGAAAGUAAUCUGACAGAAGCUUCCAUGUUGCUUGGCCACUCUGACUUGCCCGAGUCCCUGUAUACUACAAAAAAAGACAGCAAUAAACUUAUCACUUAUUAUCAAAA